GUGACUUCGUGUUCGUUGUUGAUGGCAUGGCACCCAAUUUACCCAAUUCGAAGGGAAAUGAAUAAAUAAUAAAUAAAUAUUUAUUAAUCUUGCGACGCAAACUAGGAGAACACCGGCAAGUGCCACCGGGAAAACCCAGAAUAUCACGAAAUAAUAGGCGAAUCCAACGAACGAUUUGUCCGCAAAGACUGGCGGCGAACGCCUAAAUCCGGCGCCGGCUGACGACAUUUGGGAUCGAUGGAUCACGGCGAAGAACCGCCCGAGGGGACCGUGCAGAACAUCAUGGAUCAGGAGACGCUCAAGUGGGUGUUCGUCGGCGGCAAGGGCGGCGUCGGCAAGACGACGUGCAGCUCGAUCCUAGCCAUCCUGCUCGCGAGCGUGCGACCUUCGGUGCUCAUCAUAUCCACCGACCCCGCCCACAACCUCAGCGAUGCCUUCCAGCAGAGGUUCACGAAGAAUCCUACUCUUGUCACCGGGUUUUCAAAUUUGUACGCCAUGGAAGUUGACCCUAAUGUGGAAAAUGAUGAGAGUGGUGGUUCGGAUACUGAUGGGUUUAUGUCGGAUUUAACGAAUUCUAUCCCAGGAAUUGAUGAGGCUAUGAGUUUUGCAGAAAUGCUCAAGCUAGUGCAGACUAUGGAUUAUUCUGUUAUAGUGUUUGAUACAGCUCCAACUGGUCAUACACUUCGCCUAUUACAAUUUCCUUCGACAUUAGAAAAAGGGCUCGCUAAGAUGAUGACCUUGAAGAACAAGUUUGGCGGCUUGUUUAGUCAGAUGACUCGCCUCUUUGGGGUUGGUGAUGAUUUUGGUGAAGAUGACAUCCUAGGAAGGCUUGAAGGCAUGAAAGAUGUGAUUGAACAAGUGAACAAUCAGUUUAAGGAUCCUGAUAUGACGACUUUCGUCUGUGUUUGCAUACCUGAGUUCCUGUCUCUGUAUGAAACUGAACGGCUUGUUCAGGAGCUCACUAGAUUUGAGAUUGAUACCCAUAAUAUCAUAAUUAAUCAAGUAAUUUUCGAUGAAGAAGUUGUUGAGUCGAAGUUACUCAAAGCUAGAAUGCAAAUGCAACAAAAGUACCUGGACCAGUUUUACGUACUAUACGAUGAUUUUCACAUUUCUAAGUUGCCAUUGCUCCCCCAGGAGGUUUGUGGGAUAGAGGCAUUGAAAGCAUUUUCGCACAACUUUUUAUCACCCUAUCAACCAUCAAUUGAUCGAGGGACGGUAGAAGAAUUGGAGCAGAGAGUAUCAACGCUAAGAGAGCAACUGACAGAGGCUGAAUCAGAACUCGAAAUAUUGAAAAAAGGGAAACAAAAAGUGUGAUUUAACCCAGAAAAAUAGAUAGAGAUGUUAACCGAGCUGGCUCAUGACGCAAACCCCCAGCCUGCCUCGUUUCGUAGCUAAAGUAGCCGAUUUUUGUUCCUUAUUCAACAUUUUACAGAGGGCAUCAUAAUGUUUGGCUGAUUCAAAUUUUACUUUGAACAAAAAAUAGUCAGAUUCUUGAUUUUUUACCCUCUUGUUAGAGGGAAAUAAAUGAGGACUUUGUUCUCUGAAAUGAUUUUAUAAUAUUGGACAGCAGUCACACUCACAGCACAUUCAGUUCAUCAAAGAUAGAUUUGAUUCAUAGUCAAGGUGUUGGAAAA